CAGACCCUACUGACUGAAUUUCUGGGCAAGAUCAAAAGGGGAUACACCCCUGAGCGCACCUCGCGUCGAGCAGAGCACCACCUGACAAUGGCGGCUUCCGCCCCGUCCGCCACCUCUCAGAUGCGCCCAAGCAACCUCCGUCCUUAUUAAAGACCGCCGCCCGCCCGCCGCCUCCCUCCCGCAGACCCCGACCUACCUACCUCGCUCGUUCGCUCGCUCGCGUCCCCACCCCACCGCACGCAUCUCGCGCGUCUCGUCCCGUCCCUGGCUAGCCCGUUUCUUGGGACUUGGUGGCCGGUGGAUGCGCCAGCCCUCCUCUCUUCCGCGCAUCAGGUGAUUCGCAUCGCCGCCAGGAUCCAGUUCUUGAGCAAUGUCGGCGGCGGCGGCGGCGGUGGCGCCACCGCUGUGCACCUGGAUCGUCGCCGCAUGCUUGUCUGCGACCUGCGGCGCGGACGACAAGGACAAGAAGCGCAGCUGCGGUGGCGGCGGCGGGAGCGGGAGCGGCCUUUUUGGCACGCGCCGCCACCUAGCUGCGCGCCGCCGAGGCGGGGCACGCUCUGGAAUGCCCAUUGCUGCUUCUUUGCAUCCUGAAAGAGGACCUGUGGAAAACAAGAAGUCUGAUACCAAACAACGGAGGGUGGUUGUUACGGGUAUGGGUGUUGUGACUCCAUUAGGCCAUGAGCCUGACGAGUUUUACAACAACCUUCUACAGGGUGUCAGUGGAAUAAGUGAGAUAGAAGCAUUUGACUGCUCCAGCUAUCCCACGAGAAUUGCUGGAGAAAUCAAAUCUUUUUCAACAGAUGGUUGGGUUGCCCCAAAGUUAGCUAAGCGAAUGGAUAAGUUCAUGCAAUAUUUGAUAGUUGCUGGUAAGAAAGCCUUGGAAAAUGGUGGAAUCACUGAAGAUAUCAUGAACGAGUUGGAUAAAUCGAGAUGUGGAGUUCUAAUUGGAUCUGCUAUGGGUGGCAUGAAGGUUUUUAGUGACGCAAUUGAAGCAUUGAGGGUUUCUUACAGGAAGAUGAACCCAUUUUGUGUACCUUUUGCAACUACAAACAUGGGUUCUGCAAUACUUGCGAUGGAUCUGGGCUGGAUGGGUCCAAACUACUCUAUAUCUACUGCUUGCGCCACUAGUAACUUCUGCAUUCUGAAUGCAGCCAAUCAUAUCAUAAGAGGAGAAGCUGAGUUGAUGCUGUGUGGUGGCUCUGAUGCACCAAUUAUACCAAUUGGAUUGGGAGGUUUUGUGGCCUGUAGAGCUCUUUCACAGAGAAAUAAUGACCCAACAAAAGCUUCUCGGCCUUGGGAUGUGGAUCGUGAUGGGUUUGUCAUGGGAGAAGGGGCUGGCGUGCUUCUUUUGGAAGAACUUGAGCAUGCAAAGCAAAGAGGUGCAGAAAUAUAUGCCGAAUUUCUGGGUGGAAGCUUUACAUGUGAUGCAUAUCAUAUGACAGAGCCACAUCCUGAAGGGAAAGGGGUUAUUCUUUGUGUUGAGAAUGCGCUAGCUGAUGCAGGAGUAACAAAAGAAGACAUUAAUUAUGUUAAUGCCCAUGCUACAUCUACACAGAUGGGUGAUUUGAAGGAAUUUGAAGCUCUUGCCCGUUGUUUUGGCCAGAAUCCUCAGCUAAGAGUAAACUCAACAAAGUCAAUGACUGGCCACUUGCUAGGAGCUGCAGGUGGAAUAGAAGCUGUAGCUGCUAUACAAAUGCCCGGACUGAUAACCUGCGACAGGUUGUCAUUACUUGUUGUGCUACUACCAACUUUAGCUAUAAGAACUGGUUGGAUCCAUCCAAAUAUCAAUCUAGACAAUCCGGAGAAAAAUGUGGAUGUUAGCUUGCUGGUGGGAUCACAAAAGGAGAGAUGUGAUGUGAAAGUGGCACUGUCGAAUUCAUUUGGAUUUGGUGGGCACAAUUCAUCAAUUUUAUUUGCGCCCUUCAAGUAACCUCGGUUGGUGUGCUAGCUUAUGGUGUGACUGCCCGGUGGAAAUUGUCAACCAAACUCAACAACAUUUCUCAAGCCACAAACAUGAAAUGGAAAUCCAACUUUCGUAGAGUAUAUUGCUGCAUAGUUGAGCAAAGAUAGCAAUUGAGUUUCUUUUGUAUUGCAAAAGCAAAUAUAUCCAAUGCAAGGGUACCCAUUCAGAAGUUAAUCCAGAAUGCCUCUUUGGCCCAUACUAUUUUUGUACCAGAUGUUAUUGGAUUUGUCCUAUAGCAAUGUUACUGGGGACGGUUA